GGCACCGCGGGCGGGAGCGCGGCGUCGUGUGGGGCUGCGGCGGGAUUCCAUACGUGGCAAGGAAUUUGUUCUGAAGUUGCGAUGGCGAGCCUUUUGCGUGUUGCUGUCAGUGGGUGCUCAGCUCCUGUUUUUGGCAAUGUGCUCCCACCGAAGGUGUGUUCCGCAAAGAUGCCGUGCUUGCGAAUGUUUAGAACCCACCAGGUGCUUGGGUCUCAGGCAGCUCCAAAGCCAGGAAUUCCUUAUAAGCAGCUGACUGUAGGUGUCCCCAAGGAGAUAUUUGAGAAUGAGAAGAGAGUGGCUCUGUCACCAGCUGGAGUUCAAGCCUUGGUUAAGCAAGGCUUCAAUGUUGUGGUGGAAUCUGGUGCUGGAGAAGCUUCCAGAUUUUCUGAUGAUCAUUACAGAGAAGUUGGAGCAAAGAUCCAGGGGACCAAGGAAGUCCUGGCUUCUGAUUUGAUUGUGAAAGUGAGAGCUCCUAUGUAUAACUCAUCUCUAGGUGUACAUGAGGCAGAUCUUUUCAAGACAGCAGCAACCCUGAUUAGUUUUAUCUACCCAGCACAAAAUCCAGACCUCCUGAAAAAACUUGCAGAAAAAAAAGCUACUGUCUUGGCUAUGGAUCAGGUUCCACGGGUCACCAUUGCUCAGGGAUAUGAUGCACUUAGCUCCAUGGCCAACAUUGCUGGUUACAAGGCUGUGGUCCUGGCAGCAAAUCACUUUGGUCGAUUUUUCACGGGUCAAAUCACAGCUGCUGGUAAAGUUCCUCCAGCAAAGGUACUGAUCAUUGGAGGAGGGGUUGCUGGCCUGGCUUCUGCAGGAGCAGCAAAAUCAAUGGGUGCAGUGGUUCGUGGAUUUGAUACUAGAGCUGCAGCUUUGGAACAGUUCAAGUCUCUUGGUGCUGAGCCUUUGGAAGUAGACUUAAAGGAAUCUGGGGAGGGACAAGGUGGUUAUGCUAAAGAAAUGUCCAAAGAAUUUAUUGAAGCUGAAAUGAAACUCUUUGCCAAACAAUGCCAAGAUGUUGACAUUAUCAUCACUACAGCACUUAUUCCAGGCAAAAAAGCUCCAAUCUUGUUUAAGAGAGAUAUGAUUGAAUCAAUGAAGGAAGGUUCCGUUGUUGUGGAUUUAGCUGCAGAAGCAGGGGGAAAUAUUGAGACUACAAAGCCUGGAGAAAUGUAUGUUCAUAAGGGUGUUACACACAUUGGGUACACAGAUCUGCCUAGCAGAAUGUCUACUCAGGCUAGUACCCUGUAUUCUAAUAAUAUUAUCAAACUUCUAAAGGCCAUUAGUCCUGACAAAGAGAAUUUCUACUUUGAUCCAAAAGAUGACUUUGACUAUGGGACUCUGGAUCAUGUUAUUAGAGGAACCGUAGUAAUGAGGGAUGGCAAAGUGAUUUUCCCAGCACCUCCACCAAAUAACAUUCCUCAAGGAGCACCAGUGAAGCAGAAGACUGUAGCAGAGCUGGAAGCAGAAAAAGCAGCUACUAUUACACCUUUUAGAAAAACCAUGACUACUGCAUCUGUAUACACAGCAGGUUUAGCUGGUAUGUUAGGGCUGGGCAUUGUAGCACCUAACGCUGCUUUCACACAAAUGGUGACGACGUUUGGCCUCUCUGGAAUAGUGGGGUACCACACAGUGUGGGGUGUGACUCCUGCUCUGCACUCCCCACUAAUGUCUGUCACUAAUGCUAUCUCAGGUCUGACUGCAGUUGGUGGACUGGUGCUGAUGGGAGGACACUAUCUCCCUGAAAACAUUUCCCAAAGCCUAGCAGUGCUUUCAGCCUUUAUAUCUUCAGUCAAUAUUGCAGGUGGCUUUUUAGUUACACAGAGAAUGCUGGAUAUGUUCAAACGUCCCACAGACCCUCCUGAGUACAACUAUUUGUACCUGCUCCCUGGUGGUGUAUUUGUAGGAGGAUAUGCAGCUGCUCUCAGCGGUGGCUAUAACAUUGAACAAGUGAUGUAUCUGGGCUCAGGACUGUGCUGUGUUGGUGCCCUGGCUGGUUUGUCUACCCAAGGAACAGCUCGUCUUGGAAAUGCUUUGGGUAUGAUCGGUGUUGCAGGAGGUUUAGCCGCAACCCUUGGAGGCCUUAAUCCCUCGCCUGAAUUGUUGGCACAGAUGUCAGGUGCAAUGGCACUUGGUGGGACCAUAGGUCUGACAAUCGCUAAACGCAUCCAGAUUACAGAUCUGCCUCAGCUAGUGGCUGCUUUCCACAGUUUGGUUGGUUUGGCUGCUGUGCUCACCUGUGUAGCAGAGUACAUGGUUGAAUAUCCUCACUUUGCCACUGAUCCUGCUGCAAACCUCACCAAGAUUGUGGCCUAUCUUGGGACAUACAUUGGUGGAGUGACUUUCAGUGGCUCUCUUGUUGCAUAUGGAAAACUGCAAGGCAUCUUGAAUUCUGCGCCUCUGCUCUUGCCUGGUCGACAUGCAUUGAACGCAGGCUUGCUGGCUGCCAGCAUUGGUGGGAUGGUUCCCUACAUGAUUGAUCCUUCUUACACCACGGGAAUUACUUGCCUGGGUUCUGUGUCAGCACUCUCAGCCAUAAUGGGGGUCACUUUAACAGCAGCUAUUGGAGGUGCUGACAUGCCUGUAGUUAUUACUGUCCUGAACAGUUACUCUGGAUGGGCCUUGUGUGCUGAGGGCUUUCUCCUGAACAACAACUUGCUGACCAUUGUUGGUGCACUCAUUGGCUCCUCUGGUGCCAUCCUCUCUUACAUUAUGUGUGUGGCUAUGAACCGUUCCCUUGCAAAUGUGAUUCUUGGAGGCUAUGGCACUGCAUCAACAGCUGGUGGGAAACCCAUGGAAAUUACUGGAACUCACACAGAAAUCAAUGUGGACAAUGCAGUUGAAAUGAUAAAAGAAGCCAAUAGUAUUAUUAUUACUCCAGGUUAUGGUUUGUGUGCAGCAAAAGCUCAGUACCCAAUAGCUGAUCUGGUGAAGAUGUUACGAGAACAAGGGAAAAAUGUGAGGUUUGGUAUUCACCCUGUGGCUGGCCGUAUGCCGGGUCAGCUGAAUGUACUGCUAGCAGAGGCUGGCGUUCCCUAUGAUAUUGUACUGGAAAUGGAUGAAAUCAAUGAAGACUUCCCAGAAACUGACUUGGUCCUUGUAAUUGGUGCAAAUGAUACAGUUAAUUCAGCAGCUCAGGAAGAUCCGAACUCUAUCAUAGCUGGAAUGCCAGUUCUUGAGGUCUGGAAGUCGAAACAGGUCAUUGUAAUGAAGAGAUCUCUGGGAGUUGGUUAUGCAGCAGUGGACAAUCCCAUCUUCUACAAGCCCAAUACUGCCAUGUUGUUGGGAGAUGCUAAGAAGACCUGUGAUGCCCUGCAGGCCAAAGUCAGGGAAUCAUACCAAAGCUAAAUAGUGAUUUAUAUUCUGCUCAUAUUUACAACUACAGUUUUGUCACAGAGGUCACAGAAAAUGAGAGGUGGAAGAAUAUCUCACUGUCAUAAGGCAGCUGACUUUUGGAGAAGACUGCAUUGACUCCUAGGAGAUGUAGUUCAGUCAGGGGAUAUAGACUUGUAUAAAAAGAUGGGCAGAUUAGCCCUUCAAACUAAAUCUCCAAUGAGACAAUGCAUAAAAGAAUGAAAAUGUUCUUUUUAAGGUCAACAUUGAGCCGUUACAAGAAGGAACUAAUAACUCAUGGCCAUCUUUAAGUAGUUACUGACUUCCUCCUCCUAUCUGUCUGUACUUCUGUCAUGGAAAUUCACUAAAAAAUACUGUGCCAAAACUGUAUUCAGUCUUAUCAUCAAAGCUGUUUUUUGGCUGGCAUGGACAAUGCAACUGUUGAUUUCAUCAAAACUUAAAAAUAAAUUUCAAACAGAUGCAAGCAGAAGCGAAUCCUUGCAUGUCCCUUCAAACUCAGGACGUUCUCUGAAAUAGAUGCUAACAUGAUUUGAGAUCUAAGCAUAACGUUAUUUUUCUUUUGGGGAUUGUAUAGAUGCUGUGAAUCAGGAACAUUUUAGGAAAGUUACUUUUCUUUAAAAUACGGUUCCACUGUUUUUAUGGUGCACACUUAUGUUAAAUGAAACACAGGAUAUCAGGCACUUGCCAAGUAAUCUUCAAGUCUGACAAGGAAAUGUACAUUUACUUGAACUGUUUACCUAUUUUAAGCAGCUUGUAAAUGUUCCAUCUUUUGCCUUAGUGUCUGAGAAAAAAAUAUGGUCCAGUUCUGCACAGGCAAAACAUAUUGCAUACUUGAUCUGUUCACAGAAUUUGGACCCCAGUGUUUCAAUUUGUUCACUUAGACUUUCAGUUGUACUUACUACUUUAGGAGUAGUGAUGCUUAGUGAUGCUUUCUUAAUUAAUAUUCUUGUGAUCCUGAAAAAAGCACAUUUGAACUCUUCCUCUCUGUUCUGCCCCUGUGAGAUCCCACCUGGAUUGCUGUCUUCAGCUCUCGGGCCCCCAAUGCAAGAAUGAUGUUGACCUGUUGGAACAAGUCCAGAAGAGGCCACUAAGCUGAUCACUGGCCCUGUGCAUCUCUCCUAUGGGCACAGGCUGAGAGAGCUGGGACUGCUCAGCUGGGAGAAGAGAAGGCAUUGGUGACACCUUGUAGCACCUUCCAGUACCUAAAAGGGGCCCACAAGAGGGUGGGAGAAGAGCUUUUCACAGGGGCGUAUAGUGACAGGACAAAGGGAAUGGCUUCAAACUAACAGAGGACAGGUUUAGAUAAGAUGAUGAGAAACUCUUUGCUGUGAGGCUGGUGAGGCACUGGAACAGGUUACCCAGAGAAGUGGAUUCCCCAUCUCUGGAAUUGCUCGUGACCAGGCUGUAUGGGGCUCUGAUCAGCCUUGUCAGAAGGUUCCCUGGUGAGGAAAGUUCCCUGCCUAUGGGAUUCCAGUUGGUCCUGGCUGAUCUUUAAGGUCUCUUACAACCCAAAACAUUCUAUGCUUCUGUAUUUAAGGUGCUGAAAAUUCAUUAGAAUUCUAUAUUUAAGAUGCUAAAAUUAUUUAGAAUUUUUCUAAAUAAAUAAGCUAUUGUUUGGACAGCACAGUAACAUUUUAAACUUAAAAUCCAGUGUUUUGAUUAUUUGGCUUUUCACUGAUCUAAUUAAAAGCAUGUUUAAUUUUCCUAAUAAGUCCAGCAAAGUUAAAUUAUGACAUAGAUUGCUGUUUCAUUUUUAUUCUAUUAAAUAUACUUCAAUGAAAUUCAAGUAUUUGCCUAAUAACAUGGAUUUUUCAUAUUUCCAUAAUAAUGUAGCAAUUGUCCAUGGUGACAAAGGCAAAAUAGAAAUCACUGUCCUUGUGUUAGAAAGCAUUCAUAUCUAGAGAAGACAAACUAUUAUGAAGAAAGUCAUAGAAGAUUGAAAUGAAUCCAUCUUGGUCAAGAGAACAAACAUUUUUUUAUUACACCAUGAAUAGAGACCUCAUAUCAAAUACAGCAUUUCUUCUUGGCUACCUCUGUUUUUAUGUAAAGAGCACUUAAAACACAGAUUUUGAAGAGGUAAUACACUAAAAAAUGUAACCAUACAGCAGAUCUAUCAUUUUUGCAGAUCUCUUUUCUAUGAUCUGACAUAAAAAUUAUAAUGCAAGCACUAACAUGUUGUAUACUGCAGGAAAAGGCUUGUAAUUAAAUUUUAAUUUAAAACACUGUGACAGCUGUAUUGGAACGUAUCAUAUAUGGCCUCUCAAUUUCAUUGUAUUCAACUUUUCCUUCCGGGCUGUAAAAAAUAGGAGGAAAAUGGGAGAAGAGGGAAGAAAAAAAUUAAUUCUCCUUCUUUCUCCUUCUCAACUAAGCAAAGGGGGAUUUGAAGGGACCUAGCGUGCUAAAGCACUUAUUUUUGUCUUGUCAAACUUGAAGUAUCUGGCUGCAGUAUGCAUCAUGUCUCUGCUCAUAGACAGCUAAUAAAAAAUCUAGCUUUUCUUUAAAAGAUAGCAAGCAGGGGAGGGGGAACACUUUUUCAUUUUUACUUGGAGAAAGACCCCAUUCUGUUCCUUUGGAUCAGUAGUACCAGGGUUCUCUUUAACAUGUGCUUUAACGUGGAACACUAGAUAAUUGUUGAAGUGCUAAUAAAAAGUCAGUUAUUUUUCUCUGUUGAUCA